CCCUGCUCACCUUAACAAACGUAACAUGAUUUUCCGUCACGCCAUUUUCCAUCGACACGGAGAGAAGCAGGCAGAGAAGCGCGGAGUCGGAGCUGUGAUUUGCAACGAAAACGAUCCAGUCAUGCAUCGGGACUGUCCUCUAGACUGCAAGGUCUAUGUUGGAAAUCUGGGCAAUAAUGGAAACAAGACAGAGUUAGAGAGGUCAUUUGGCUACUAUGGUCCUCUCCGUAGUGUUUGGGUUGCCAGGAACCCUCCUGGCUUCGCCUUUGUAGAAUUUGAAGAUCCCAGAGAUGCAACUGAUGCAGUGCGUGAACUUGAUGGAAGGACAUUGUGUGGUUGCCGGGUGCGAGUAGAGUUGUCCAAUGGUGAGAAACGCAGUCGCACCCGUGGUGCUCCCCCUCCAUGGAGCAGACGCCCUCGAGACCGUGAUGACUACAGGCGUCGCAGCCCACCACCCAGGCGAAGAUCUCCACGCAGGAGGAGCUUCAGCCGCAGUCGAAGCAGGUCUUUCUCCAGAGACAGGAGGAGGGAGAGGUCCCUCUCCAGGGACAGGAACCACAAACCUUCCAGGUCCUUCUCACGAUCGAGGAGCCGCUCCAGGUCUAACGACAGAAAGUAGACUGUCAGAUUUAAAGGGAGCAGAAGAUAAACGGUUGUACAGGCCGUUUGAAACGAUUGAAGUCAAUGUGGCCGUGUGGCCAUUUUUGUGUUGGGUUUUUUAAACAAUCAAGCAUUUUAGUGUCCUUCCCCUUUACUUGUUAAGCUCAUUUUCACAUACAUUAUGUGGGUGUGUACAGGUGUUACGCCUCACCUCAGUCCUUCUUGUCAGUCCUGAAACAGUUGUGCUACCCAGCAUUCCAGUUCACCAGUUAAUCUCCUGAGAGUUUUGUUUUUUGUCAAUGAAUGUAUUGUGUAGUUUGACAUAGUGUGAGUAGUUAUUUUUCAACGCCAGCAUUUUUUAUUUUGAAGUAAGGUUUGGGAUUAUUUAAAAGAGAGUCCCUCCUUUUUGAUUGUCUGUAAAGCCAACUGAUUUUCUAUGCGCUACUUUCUUACUUCACACUGAAGGUUCCCAUCUGUUAAUGGUUGGUUGUUUGUAAUAAACACACCCCCAGCGUUCAAAAAUGCAAAAAACUAUGGCAUUGAUUUAGAGAAAAUGUGCAAAGAACAUGGCUGGUUUUUGUCUAUAAAGUUUCCAUUAUUUUUCUUUUGUUUGAUACAAUGUGAUAUGGUCUCUCAUUAAAGAUACCGGUUGAUUACAAAACA